AGGAUCAUAGGUUUCUGGCAAAAUAAAAAGAUCCCACCAGGUGCCAGUUCACCUCUACACGAACAGGUGCUUAAAACAUUAUGAUUAAUAAAAUGCAGAAGAUUGCAAUCUAGCGACAAUUCUGAUCCUGAUAUGCGUUUACUACUUACAUGGGACGCAAUCCAUUAUGUAUUAACACGCGGCAUUGUCGGUAAUUAUUUCAGCCUGUGGGAUCGAUAUGAUACGCGAACAUAUCGGCAAACCGUUUAUUUUCUCGACGUUGGUGACUGAAGAAAGACUACAUGCUUUGCGCUAUGGAGGCUGGUUUUAUCAUACUCGUACUGACUUAUUUUGUAACCGGUGCUUCUCCUUCAGUCAAGAGCGGCUUUGGAAACAAGUGGGAAAGUUUCACAAAUAUUAUAAUACCAACUGACAUCCUCUCUGAAGUUUCCGACAUUUUAAGCAGAGUUACGUGCGUGUCUCUGUGCCUCAAGGACGAGGCGUGUGUGUCUGUGUUCUACAGACAGCAACACCGGCGGUGUCAGCUCCAUGACGUGGUAUUUCUGUCGCCCCAGGACGGACAACAGGAAACAGGCACCGUGUACUACAGCCUUACUGCAGGUGCUUGUCCUUCUGGCUACGUCCACAACCGCCUCCUCAACUUCUGCUACCAGCUUCAUCUUGACAAGUUACUGUACGACGUUGGUCUUGCUGACUGUACGGCAAGAGGAGAACACUUUGUUGUUAUUGACAGUGCAGACAAGCAGAACCAUGUGGUCAAGCAGAUCACAUCCUCGUCAGACAGUAACGUCACCAGCUACUAUUUCGAUGGUUCAGAUGCGACAAAUGAAGGACAGUGGGUAUUCCAUGAUGGCCGACCUAUGACCUACUUUGCCUGGAGUCCAUCCUUCCCGGUUAAUCUUACAUACAGACAUUAUGUUGUCGCCUCCAAAGUUGACAAUGCAUUUCAGUGGCAAGACAGGAAGAGGGCCGAAACAAAGUACUACAUUUGCGAGAAAGAUAUUUGAUCUGGUGUUGUUUUGUCAAGAUUAGGUCGAUACCUUGGUGCAUUGUGCUCUCCGAGCAAAGUUUCAUAUACAGAACAUGACUUGGCCACAUACUUGGCAUUCAUGGAACAUGAAGAUUUGCCGUGAUGUUCAGCAUUUUUUGUCAAGAUUAGGUCGAUACCUUGGUGCAUUGUGCUCUCCGAGCAAAGUUUCAUAUACAGAACAUGACUUGGCCACAUACUUGGCAUUCAUGGAACAUGAAGAUUUGCCGUGAUGUUCAGCACACCCACUUUUCAUCAGUAAAAAUACCUGAUUGUUCUGCACCGAUGUUUUCUGUAGAAAAUCAAUUCGACAUUAGUAUGUGGAAUCAAACAUGUAAAAAACAUUUUACCUAAACCUAUAAAGUAAACUACGUUUAUAACGCACCCGUGGGAAUUCGGGGAAGAAUAGAUCUUCAGCAACCCAUGUUUGCCGUAAAAGGCGACUAUGCUUGUCGUAAGAGGCGACUAACGGUACC